AUGCAAAAUAUGAGUGCAGCUCAUGAAAAAACGACAAGUAUUUCGAUAAUCAGCGAAAGAACGCAUGUUAAAUAUCGCAGUACAAAUCUUUCUGAUAAGGAACAUGAAUAUUUCACCAUUUUCGUUACAGAGCCACGCGGGAUAUCGGUGAACAAAUGGGUGUUUUAUCCAAAACUAUGUCAAUUUGAAGUACUUGCUUGGAAAAAUAGUAAUACUGGUAAUAAAUCAUUCUGGCCGGUCAAAACAGCUUUCAAAGAGAAGAUUGUCGUCCUCUAUGACGCUCUCUUAAGUGGUGAUCAGCCAUGGCUCGAAAAUGGACAUUAUUGGGAUGACUUCUUCCUUCUGAAAGUCAAUGCAAAAUAUCUAUUAGAAGAACUCGAUCGAAAUUAUGUUGAAAAACCAGCCAUUCUAAAACCUCAAUUGAAUGCUAUUUUUGAUCAAUGUCUUGUUUUUGUUAAUUCUGCACAUCGCAUUCGACAAUUGAAUGCUUAUUAUACAAUUUGUGUUCUGAUACAUGCAGUCAGCCGAGUCAAUCAACGGAAUGGUUUUGGUCAUCCGGCAUUGGAUUUUCUUUGCGGUAGUGAAGGUGUUGAAAACAAAUUCGAAACUCUAGUUGAAUCAGUUAACCAUACAUUUCUCAUCGAUGACAGUUUAUCCGGAAGUACUUUAUUGAAAAACGCUGCCUUCGACGUCAUUCUUACUUGUUGUACAACAAUGCUGAAUAUCAAUGAAAAUAUGCUGAUGGAUUACAUGAUGGCAAAUGCCAAUCUGUUCGAUUCAAUUACACAAUUAAUCAUUCGCUCACCUGCAAGUCAUGGCUAUGAUAUCUGCCUUCUGUUAGCGUUGCUUUUACAAUAUCAUAAAUACGAUACAUCUAAUACAUAUAUUGUGCGAUUUUCUGUUUUUGAUGAUGAAGUAGCCUUGACGAGUUUAGCACAAGUAAUUGGCUCAUCUCUUUGUGAAUAUAAUAAAGCUUAUGAUAUCGAACGAACAGCCAACGAGUCCUCAUCCUGGUGGAGUUCAUUAACAACAUUCGUUGGUUCAGCCAUUCAAUCCACUGGUGGCAAUCGCCGAAUGAAAAAAGUUGAUGAUUGUCUUCUACUUGCAUUCUAUGAAGCUGUUCACUUAAAUCGGAACUUUAUUUCUGCACUGACACAUACAGCUACUAAUUCAUGGGGAACGAAAAGCCCGACUUCCAGUGAUAUUUUGCCGCCAUCUUUACCAGCUAUGGCUACACCAGCUACAUUGAUGACACAAGAACAAACAGAUUUUUCUGAUAUGGAUGAUUUCUCUGGAUCAAAUAAUCUUCUCUCUGUAUUUCUCGAAUAUUGUUCAAUUAUCCAACAGUUCUCCAAAAAUGAAGAUAUGUGUAAUACAACCAAAUUAUGUUAUUUGAUUCUUCUCUGUAUAACAGAAGAUGAAUUCGCCAAUGCCACAAUGCACGAUGAAAAUGUUAUAUUCAGUGUUUAUCUUCAUAAAGCUCCUAUGCGCCAUCGUAAACAGAACAACGAGAAGAAUUCUCCAUCACGCCCAUUAGCCGUUGCCUUAUUAGAUCUCACGAUGGAAUUUAUCUGGAGUCAUAUGAUGCGCAAUUUUCCCUAUGAUCUGUAUACGAAAUGUAUUGGAAUCAUUCAACGUAUACUUUCCUUUCAAAAACGUACACGAACACGAUUAUCAUAUUCCUGGCGACCUCUGUGGAAUGCAUUGAUCACUCUUUUGAAAUUUCUUCAAAAUUGUGAGUCACAAUUAGCCAAACAUCGUGAUUUGUUCCAACUCGCAUCUAAAAUCAUUAAUAUCUUUAACUUGUUCAUUACUUUCGGUGACACAUUUCUACGCACUCCUGAAGCUUACGAUGAAGUUUUUUAUGAAACAGUACGAUGCUAUCAUAUAUUCGAUAAUCUCUUUGCAUUUGCUUGUCGAUAUGCGAACAAUGAUAAUGAAUUCAAAGAAUCAGCGUUGAAACUGAUGGUGAAUUUAACAAAUAUUAAAUUGAUCACACAUCAUUUCAACACAAAGAUUGAAGCUAUUUCAAAUAAUCAAAACAAUCCAUUGACAGAGAAUCAAGUUUUAGAAAUUAUUCGAAAUAAUUACGACACAUUAGCACUGAAGCUGCAUGAUGAUCUCGAUCAAUAUGAUAUCUAUUCAGAAAAAGCCACCGAAGCUUCGUUUUUGGCCAAUAUCACACGCAAUAUAAUCGGCAACUAUCGUCGUCAAUACUCACUGGACACCAAUAGUACAGUUCAACUGUCGAGUAUACUCCUCAAUGAAGUUCCAACAAUCAGUUAA